AUGGGCAGAGGCAUCUACGGCAGGGAACCCGAAAACCCCACUAAGGCCGCUAAGGCUAGGGGCUCCGACCUCCGUGUUCACUUCAAGAACACCAGGGAGACGGCUGCCGCCAUCCAGGGUCUUGGCUACAGGAAGGCCGUCCAGUUCCUCGAGGAUGUCGUCAAGCACAAGCAGGCCGUGCCUUUCAGGAGGUACAACGGCGGCGUUGGCAGGCACGCUCAGGCCAAGCAGCACCACCUUUCCACCCAGGCCCGUUGGCCCAAGAAGUCCGCUGAGUUCAUUCUUGGCCUCUUGAAGAACGCCGAGAGCAACGCUGAGGUCAAGGGUCUUGAUGUGGACGCCCUCUACGUUUCGUGGGUUCAGGUCAACAAGGCCCAGAAGCAGAGGAGGAGGACCUACCGUGCCCACGGUAGGAUCAACCCCUACAUGUCCAACCCCUGCCACAUCGAGGUCAUCCUUACCGAGAAGGCGACGCACGUCCAGAAGCCCAAGAGCGACAAGAAGAAGGCCGACACCACGGAGUCCGCCUAA